UUAAUGCAGUUCUCCCCACCUUCCUUUAUCAGCUUCAACUUCCUCUCUAUCUGUCCAUAUUUAUUUAUUUAUUUAUUUAUUUUUUUCCAUUCAGAAACAAGCUUAGCUGAAAGCUCAGUCAACUUGCUCAACCUCUUCGGGAAAGCUCUCCCGCAGCUUCUUAAGCAACCAGACAAAAAAAAAAAAACUCUAAAAACAGGACAGCAACCCAUCCUUACUUUCUAUAUCUUCACUCUUAUCUUCCUUCUCUGUGUUUCGGUGUUUGAUUCACAGAAAGAUAAUAGGGAGGAAAUCCGACAGGCUAGUUGGUUUGUGGACGAGUUCUCAUGGGGGUUUGCCUGAGCUCCCGAGUCAAAGCUGAGAGCCCAUGUAAUACAGGGGUAAAUUCAAACUGUGUUAGUACGGAUGGAAACUUCAGCAGUACAAGCAGCAAUGUCUUAUCACUUUCAGUUCCUCCAACACCAAGGAGUGAGGGUGAGAUUUUGCAGUCCUCCAAUGUGAAGAGAUUUAGUUUUGCUGAUCUCAAAAUGGCCACCAGGAAUUUUCGGCCUGAUAGUGUGCUAGGAGAGGGUGGUUUUGGUUCAGUCUUUAAGGGGUGGAUUGAUGAGAAUUCAUUUACUGCUGCAAAACCUGGGACUGGCAUGGUUAUUGCUGUGAAAAGGCUUAAUCAAGAAGGUUUUCAGGGUCAUAAGGAGUGGUUGGCAGAAGUGAAUUAUCUUGGGCAGCUUUAUCACCCUAAUCUUGUUAAACUGAUUGGCUAUUGCUUGGAAGAGGAACACCGGCUUCUGGUGUAUGAAUUCAUGCCUCGAGGCAGCUUGGAAAAUCAUUUGUUUAGAAGGGGUUCAUAUUUUCAGCCUCUUUCUUGGAAACUACGCUUGAAGGUCGCUCUUGGUGCUGCAAAGGGCCUUGCUUUUCUUCACAGUGCAGAAACUAAAGUGAUAUAUCGGGACUUCAAGACUUCUAACAUCCUUCUGGAUUCAAACUACAAUGCCAAACUUUCUGAUUUUGGAUUGGCAAAGGAUGGGCCAACCGGUGAUAAAAGCCAUGUCUCUACCAGGGUGAUGGGGACCUAUGGAUAUGCAGCACCAGAAUAUCUAGCCACGGGCCAUCUAACUGCAAGGAGUGACGUAUAUAGUUUCGGAGUGGUCUUAUUAGAAAUGUUGUCUGGUCGGAGAGCAAUUGACAAGAAUAGACCUUCUGGAGAGCACAAUCUGGUGGAGUGGGCAAAACCUUAUCUGGCAAACAAACGUAAGAUCUUUCGCAUUUUAGACAACCGUCUUGAAGGCCAGUAUUCAAUGGAAGGUGCCUAUAAAGCAGCUAACCUUGCGUUGAGAUGCUUAUCAGCAGAGGCCAAGUUCAGGCCUAACAUGGAUGAGGUUGUAACAGCUUUAGAGCAACUACAUGAUUCUAAGGAAUCUGGAGGUAAUCGGAACAACCCAACCAAUGGCCAAAGAAUGCGUAGACGAAGUGCUGACGAUGUUAAUAUCAAUAAAAGGGCCGUAAGUUCUUAUCCUCGGCCCUCCGUUUCUCCUCUCUAUGCUUAGAAGUGUGAGUUAAAGAGUUUUGACUCUACUUUCAAGUAAAAAACAAGAAAAAAAAAGUAUUUAAAGAAGCUGGUUUGCAACAAUUUCAAACCUAUACCGACAUCGAUCCAGUGACUGUACAGUUCUUAUUUCAGCUAAUGUAAUCAAAUAUCGACCUUUUGUGGAUUAUUUCUUGAACUUGUAACAUGAGUAAUACCAACAAUGUUUGUACCCCUGCUGGGGUUACCAAAUUGUUUGUAACAACUGGAAGCAGCUUGAAAAAUAGGCUUUGUAAUUUGCUUCCCCGUGAUGACUAUUAUUAGCUGUCUUCUUCAUAUUUCCCACGGUGGAAAAUUUUUUCACAGUAUAUUUGAUUUCGAGA